AUGGAAACGGGGAGUGCAGCAAGGACAAAUGGUACCACUGGGAAACCAGAAGAUGUGAAGAGUCCGUCUGCCCCCAAAAAGGAAGAAGAAGCGAAGAAGACUACAAGCCCCGGUGGAGGUGAGAAGGAACCUAUGAAAGGCACUGGCAGUGCUGCUCUGGAGGCUGGGCAAAUCAAGAGCUCACUCUUCUCUGGGAGUGACUGGAAGAGGCCCAUCAUUCAGUUUGUGGAGUCGUCCGAUGAGAAGAGAUCGACCUACUUCAGCAUGGAUUCGGCAGAUCCAAAGAAGAUGCAGUAUGCCAGUGGACAGAUAGGAGACAUGAGGAGACCAGCCCUCUCCUUUGCAGACAAAGGCGAUCUCAGGAAGUCCCUCUUCUCCUUGGAUUCCAAAAAGAGCUUCCUGCCUAGUGAAGGGGAAGGGAGGAAGUCGUUGUUCUCUGGGGGGCAGAUGGGGGACCUGAAGAAAACUUCCCUCCCUCUGGUGGAGACAGGGGACCUGAGAAGAUCCACCUUCAACAAGCCCGACAGAGCAGCUGGGUCACGGCCCAGGGUGAAGCUCGAGGAUGUUCUGUGCGAUUCCUGCAUCGACAACAAGCAAAAGGCCGUGAAGUCCUGCUUGGUGUGCCAGGCUUCCUUCUGUGAGCUGCACCUCAAGCCCCAUCUGGAGGGAGCAGCUUUCCGGGACCACCAACUGCUGGACCCCAUCAGGGACUUUGAAGCAAGAAAAUGCCCUGUGCAUGGGAAGACCAUGGAGCUGUUCUGUCAGACAGACCAGAUGUGCAUCUGCUACCUCUGCAUGUUCCAGGAGCACAAGAACCACAGCACAGUGACAGUGGAGAUCGAGAAGGCGGGAAAAGAGGCUGAGCUUUCACUGCAGAAAGAGCAGCUGCAGCUGAAGAUCAUCGAGGUAGAAGAUGAAAUGGAUAAGUGGCAGAAGGAGAGGGACCGGAUCAAGAACUACACCACCAAUGAGAAAGCCACAGUGGACCAGCAUUUCAAAGAGCUGAUCCGUGACCUGGAGAGGCAGAGGGAUGAAGUGAAGGCUGCCCUGGACCAGAGGGAAAAGAUUGCAUCAGAGAAUGUGAAGGAAAUUGUGGAUGAGCUAGAAGAGAGGGCAAAGCUCCUGCGGGAGGACAAGGAGAACAGGGAGCAGAUCCACCAGAUCAGUGACUCUGUGCUCUUCCUGCAGGAGUUUGGGGCUUUGAUGCGGAAUUACGUACCCCCUCCAUCUCUCCCGACAUACAGUGUGCUGCUUGAAGGGGAGAGCAUGAGUCCAUCUAUGGGACUCCUCAGAGAUGACCUCCUAAACGUCUGCAUGAGGCACGUGGAGAAGAUCUGCAAGGCAGACCUCGGCCGCAACUUCAUAGAGAGGAACCACAUGGAGAAUGGUGACCACCGGUACAUGAUGAACAACUAUGAGUGGAACCAGCCUGACAACUUGAAGAGAUUUUCCAUGUUCCUGUCUCCCAAAGCCAGUUUCAACCCACGAUCAUGGGAAUUUUCCUCCUUCCAAGCGACUGAGGAAACACUUGGCAACGGUACUAAGCUGCCUUUUCAGUUCUCCUCGGUGGGACAGAAUCCGCCCGGUGACUUCAGCAAACAAUCUGAUGGGAGCCUCUUCACUAAGACCGCUUAUCCUUCAAUAGUGAGACAUCAGUCUGCAAAGGUGACGCCACAGACAUGGAAAUCCUCUAAGCAGUCUGUAUUGUCACAUUACCGCCCCUUUUACGUCAACAAAGGCAAUGGAGCCACUUCCAACGAGGCACCUUGA